UGUCUUUACCACGCUUAACGUGGGACUACAGUGAUCUUCUUGAACGCACAGUAGCACACUGUUCAAGGUUGUUGCUGCAGUUAAAUCACUGUAAAAUGGGGGUCCUGUCAGCGCUAACACGGGGGCUCGUGAGAGGAGCUGACAGAAUGGCAGAAUGGACGAGCAAGCGAGGGCCCAGGACAUUCUACAAGAGCAGAGGCGCGAGACCCACUGGAGUCCUCACCUCCAGCAGAAAGUUCAUACCUGUACAGGCCAUGAUACCAGAGUUUGUGGUGCCCAGUCUGGAAGGAUUUAACCUGAAACCAUAUGUGUCAUACAAGACCCCAGCAGGCACAGAGCAGCCCAUGACUCCAGAGAUGCUCUUUAACGAGGUGGUGGCCCCACAGAUCGAGAGAGACAUUGAGGAAGGGGUUUUCAAUGAGGAGAAUCUUGAGAAAUAUGGAUUAGAGAAAACACAAGAGGGGAAGCUGUUCAAGCUACAUCCCAAGAACUUUGCUCGUUAAAUGGACUUUGUGUUUCAGUGAUUUGCUGAUGGACUGUAAACAAGUGUGUGAUGUUUUCUUUAACUGUUCAAUGAACAGAAGUCAUGAAAGAUUAAAACUAUUUCAUAUUUAA